AUGUUCUUGGAAGGGUGCUGUGGCCAGAAGGCAUCCAGGCCGGUGUGUGAAGACAGCACUCCACGCCAUGGCCAAUUAACCUGCCAGUUGGCCUAAUGGGCUACCGGGAGUCCGGGUGUAGAAGGCGGAUUACUAGGAAUCUUCCAUAAGUGUUAUCACUGUAGAGGGGGGUGUGGAUGAUAUAGAUUUAAUCCUAUUCUAGAAUUAACCCUGAAUACAGAUAUGGACAUCUGAACGGCAAGAUGGCACCCUUACAAUUUUGUAAUAUAUUUAAAACCAUCUGGUCCUCUCAGACAUCCACAAGGCUUUAGGGGUUGAUUUGGGACCAUCCGAACACUUCCCGGACCAAAGGUAUAUAGGGCAGUGUUGUGUUCGAGACCACCUAAAGUGAGACCAAGUCAAGACCAAGACAGGAGGUGGGGGGCGAGACCGAGUCAAAACCGAGACCAGGAGAGUGACAAGGGGUCAGAGACCGAGUCAAGACUGAGAACAGAAAAAUGUGAGUCCAAUUCAAGACCAUGAUUGUAAUUUUGUCAAAUCGCCACCAUAGUAAAAGUUCAAAAUGUCCAGUAUUUCUGUGUUCAUAUUUCAGAAGAACAUAUGGAUUCUUUAGACAUUCAGAAUAGUGAAAAAAUGCAUGUUGAGAGCAAAUAGAGCCACUCUAUAAAAUAUUACUAACCCAAACACAGUGGGGAACAUUGAGGGCCUUCUAUGCCUUCAGAGAAGGGCUAAGGUUUUAUAAAAAUAUAUAUAUAUAUAUUAUUAUAUAUUAUUAUUUUCAAUGAUGUUCUGAUUUGAUCGUUUAAGUUUUUGUUGGAAAGGAAAGGGUUAACACUGAAGCGAAAAAAGUAUCCAAUCAGAAACGUGAGUCAUCUAGCUAGCUAAGUUUAUUGUCUAGGCCAUCAGAAGCUAGAUAGUAGGCAUCUGCCAUUCAACUGUAUUAGGGAAACAUUUUGAAGUGACAGUGGAAUCAACCAAUCACAUUUUGACUUGUAAAAGUUUUUACAAAAACGUAUGGACAUUUCUGCCUUCUCCUAGCGAGCAGUAGUUUUACCAGGGUCUAGCUAGCUAGCUUCUGUUGUAGGCUAGUUUGCAGCGGCUGCAGCAGGUGUUAUCAAAGAGGAUGUUGUUACUAAUUUGUUAGCUUAUCCUCUUUCAAGAAUAACUUUCAACAAGAAAUUAAGUUUCAAAUGAUCAUUUGGUGAGUGGAACUGUUUUUUUAUUGCAGCUCGUUAGCCAUCUCUUUGAAAAUAACUUAUGUGUGUGAAACAUUGUUGCAUUUAAACUUUAGAUCACUGGUUACUUUGUACGCUAAACGUAAAAUAUUUUUUGUGAUGGGAAGUAAUAGUUGUACAUUUCGAUUGGGAAAUGCUUAGUCUAAUGGUUGUGUUUUUGUAUUCUUAUGAUUGGGACCUACUGGCUUAUUAUAUCUGAGUUGAUGGACUGUUUAUCCUUUAACAUCAUGCUGUGUGUGACUGCUGUCUUUCCGUCGGCCCUAUGCAAUGGUGUAAUGGUGCCUGGAGAAGUGGGUAACGGGUAUUCCUAUAGAUUUUCUUUGAUUUCCACUCUCAAAAUCACACUUCUUUUUCAGGAGACCAUUUUUGAGGUCUGGGAAAAAUCGAACAAAUAUAUUUGGGGAAUGUGUAGUAUCCCUUUAAUUCAAAUGAGCAAAACAAAUGCCCUCCCCAUUGAUACAAAUCAGCAUGAUAUCAUUCUGUCAGGUAGGCCUUUAAUUUAAUUGUGAAGAUUUUUUGGGAAAGCCUUUAGAAAUGUUAAUGCAAACAGUGUAUGAUGACUGAAUUGCGCAUUGCAAAUAGCUUACAAAACAAGACUUCAGACCAAACUUUUUCAAUACCUGGUUUGCAUACCCAUUGUUGCCUUAGUUAGCCUUUACUGGUAGUUAUCCUAUGUUGAAAUGUCUUUCCUACCUACCCUACCGGCUACCGAUGUCGUUGUUCUGUGAGCUGCUCCAUGCAACAACCAGUUGAGAGCUGUGCGCUCUUGCUGCCUGCAGAAGAUAUUCCGCUGAAACUAGGCAAUGUGUGCGGCGUGCAUGUGAAUAUAUUUCACGUGCUUUGAGAUUGUGUAGGCUACUUUGUACAUGAUUUCUGUAUUGUACUUCAUAAUUGAUAAGUCGUAUACCUCCACUACACUACUUUAAUGCGCAUCAGUAGGGAUUAAGAUGUGAGUGUAAGCAAUGCCCACUGAAAGAAAGUGGGUAUACGGCUUAUACCUGCGUAUAGCCUCCACUACACCACUGCCAUAUGUGUUUUACAAAGUGAACUCUCCUACAUGAGUGCGCUGGUAUUACGGUUGUUGUCCUUUCAGCAUCUAGAGGCUGUCACACACUGAAGGCCUAGCUAGGUCCAAUAGGUUUGCCGCUGCGCAAACAUGUCUAUAAUAGAUAUAAAUACUGUUACAUUUUCCCCCGGUCUCCCCUUUACUAAUAGUGGCCGCACAACUUUCCAACAAUUUCCCCCACUCUUCUCUACCAGCGAGUCAAGGAAAUCCGGACAAAGUGUGAGGAUAUUUUUCAACGAAAGUAAAGGACAGUCAUCUUCGAAUAAAGUAGGAUGCCCAGGUUUCAAUAGGCUAAGAUAUUAAUGUUUCAAGAAAGGAGUGUAUAUAUUUGAGUUUUUUACUCUGCUGGUCUCGAGUACUACAACACUGACAUAGGGCCUUAGUACCCUUCAAUAAGUGCAUGUCCAUGCACACCCACUUACUCACUGACAGUCCCUCGUGGUAGGUAUCUGGUUGCCUUACAAUCAUUACCCCAUUCAUCAUUAUUUGUGUCUGGUUUUCCAGACGCAUUCCCUCCAAUGGUAGCUACUUAAGGCUACAGCAAUAUCCCUCUCUUAGGUGUCCGAAGGUGAACGCUCAGUGCAUGCGGAAGUACAAUGCUUAUGGAUAGAAGCUGUGAUUCAUUUGAGCUGUUGCUAAAUCUAUUGAUCCUCUGCAAUGCUAGUGAGGCACACUAGACAUUAUGGUACGGUACAGUACAGUCUGCAAAAAAGCCAUUGCAAAAACAGAGUAGCCUAUGAAGUUCUGCUGAAGCAGUUGGAACUUUUCCCGAGUACAAAAGCUGAAGAACAUGUGCACAUCCAGGUACUUUCUGCAGGUGCUGGAGUUGUAGGCAAAUUCAUGGAAAACAGAAAGAAAUCCGCUGCUCAAGCUCCCAGGUGAUUUUUAUUUAUAACAAUGUUUCGACCCUUAGGUCUUCAUCAGGCAUCCAUAUCCCAGGUGGGGGUGGAAGGCCCUAAUAACACGUUGGACAGUGAUUUGCCAGAGUGUUAAGAGAGGCAGUGUGGCAGUAGCGGUGUUUUAACGAGCUGUGUGGCACAGACAGCUCGGGUAGGGAGCCUGGGUAAUGAGCGCUAGCCCUGGCACACGCACCACCGUGAGAGGGUCUGUCUCCUGUGGGUGCCCAUGCCUGCCCGUGUGCCUCACGCCCCACUCCCAUUGAGCUCCGCUGCCAAACCCUGCUGCCUUUGCAGCCUAUCUGAGCAGCUUCGGAUCUGAGUGCCACGCGCCGUCAUCUUUCCCUUCCUCUCCUUAGACGAGAAAGCAAAACAAAACAUGCCCAAAAUAUUGGGAAAAAACCAGGAGAAAUAAAGGUAGUUGCCGUUUGAUCAUAGUGACUCACGUUUGGCACCCUCAUCUAGGAAAUGUAAUUCUGAAUUCUUCGCUUGUGCCCUGACACUUGCGCUGUGCGGUAAAUUUUCUCGGCCCGGGCUCCUCUUGCUCCAUCCAGCCAGGCAAGGCCCACCUGCCCCAUUUGGCCUUGUUGCUCUGUGAUAAAUUGAGCUGUCCACAGCAGGCAAACUAGCCGAACGCCACACACAGAGAGCGGACAUGUUGCAGCACGAAGAGACACUUCAUUAGAUCCAAUCAGCAGGGCCCAGGCAAUGAGAGAGGAGGAGAGGCAGAAUGGAUGGAGGGAGGGAGGGAGGACAAUGUUUGCACUCACUACUGUAAGUCGCUCUGGAUAAGAGCAUCUGCUAAAUUAUAUAUUUUUGAAUGUAAGUAAGUCGACUGAUGUGUAUAUGUAAACAGUGAUUCCGUUGGUUUGUGGGUUUGUGAUUUGCAACAUCCCUCAGCCUUAGUCGCAUAUGGAUGAACAUUCAUACACUCAAUGUUUUGCAGUUUGUGGGAAUAACUCAAGGUAAACCUAAUAGAAAACUCAUUUUUUUAAAGUAUCCCUAAGGCUUUAUGACGCUCAACAGAAACCAUUUCUCCUUGUCUCUAUUUGCCCAUGAAUCUCUCUUCUCUUUUUUUUGUAAUAAGCAUCACUGACGCCACUCCAAAUGUGACAUUUGGGAGACAACUGCGAGCAGCUUGCACGUCUGAGCUCAGAAUUCCAGUCCUCCAGCGAUGAGAAUGCUGACAGAUGGAGUGCUUGGACGCUGUCAGGACAAUUAGAGCCCACUUCAUCUAGCUGCCGAUAUUGACCGCGGCCAGUCAUAACCUUUAUGACCACUUGGUAUUGAGAAGCAAGCGUAGUCAUGGGUGUCUGGCGAUAGACAUUGCGCACGUAUGCACACAUGCAUGCACAAACGUGCACACCCUCACACACACAAGUACACACACCGUCCCUUUAUGCUUUGGGUGCUGAGUGGUAUUGGAGAGUGGAGCAAGCUGUAUUUAUCACAAUGACUGGGUGGGGCUGCGGAGUGACCGUACGAUUCUCCUCUCUUCUCUCCUUCGCCCGAUCCCUGUACUUGGCUGUAGAAUGGAGGUCAGAGGCAGAGAGCUGUUGCAGGUCCCCAAGCGGAGCAUGAAUGGCCUCAUUGAGAGGCUUGUUAUGGGCCAGCAUGAGGAGUUUUAGCCCUUGUCAUUAAUUUGUAGCCGAGGCGACUGGGGGCUGGAGGCCGGUGGGGGUGGUGUGGACUCCAGGGGUUUUCAGCGGCGGUUAAUAAGAGCACAGCAGGAAAAUGGAGUGCCCCAGCGUCCCUGACCCCAGAGUGCUGCUCCGCUGUGCCCUUGUCCUCCUCCUUGAUUAACACAGUGGCUAAAUGAUGCCCCCCUCCUCCAUUUACACACACACCAGUGUUUCCCCUAGAUUUCUUUCAGCAGCGGUGGCAGGAUUAUUAUUAUUUUUUAAAUAGUUGGCGGCCACGGUUUCGCAGCGCCCAUGUGCAACUGCUAAAUGCAUAUAGGGGAAACACUGCACACAAACACUUACACCCCCCCAUCCCCACAGUCUGGACGUGAAUCGAUCGGCCAAUCCCAGCUGUCUGUGAGUGGCUCAGACUGUGAGGGGUUUUCGGGGUGGUGACCCAGCAUUGAUCCACUCACCAGGACCCGUCAUCGUCAGCUUCUCCAAGGCUAGGAUCCCCCCCCAACCAGGGUUUAAUCUCGAUCACUGGGACGGCCUAAGUAACAAGUACUCUACCCACCUCUUUAUUCCAGGUUCCCUCCCCUUCUCUCGCUCUCUCCCUUCUCUCUCUUUCUCUUGCUUUCUCUAUGCCAGUUCUCUUCCACCCAUACCUGUACAGUAGCAUUAGUCAAUAAAGCAGUAUAGGCAUGUGUAAAACAAUAUUGAUGAAGUGACUCUGUUCAUCUCCAAGCCAAGCAGCACAAAUGAUAAACCAAUCCCUAACCAUGCUCCUUAUACAUAUAGACGUGGGUGCAUGUAGAAAUGUACAGAUGUUGAUUCAGUACAUUACCAAAGUGUGUCACUGUAAUAUGUUCCUUUUUUCCAAUCCAUGUCUUGGGUUUCAUAGUGUUCAUUGUUGCUUCCUUUGGGUACCCCUCCCAGACAAGUUCGCCAAGAGUUCACUAGGGGUUACAGUGGUAAUCUGAGACAAAGAGACCAAGAUAACAUUUCAAUGGGCAUGUGGUUUAGAGCACUGAGCUUCUGCAGUGUGUGUGUGUGUGUGUGUGUGUGUGUGUGUGUGUGUGUGUGUGUGUGUGUGUGUGUGUGUGUGUGUGUGUGUGUGUGUGUAGUGGGGGGUAGACUUACUCUUCUGGCAUCUCUUGGGCACCAUCACUUUUAGCACCCAAGUGAAAUGCCUCAUUACUAGGGCUGGGAAUUGCCAGGGACCUCACGAUACGAUAUUAUCACGAUACUUAGGUGCCGCUACGAUAUGUAUUGCGAUUCAGUACUGUUAUUUUAUUGUGAUUCGAUGUUCCAAACAUAUCAUAGCUCACCAUAUGUCUGCUGCAGAGUGACAAAAGAGAGCCAUUAGAAAACGAGUUUUGAUCAGUCAUGGAAAUGAAAGUGCUGAAAACAAAUUGGCUCCCUAUUUAAAAAGAAGAUGGAGAACAAGCUAUGAAGUAAAAAUAUUGGAGUUUGGUGCAGGAACAGACAACUAGCGCCAAAAUAAUAUUGUGAUAUUGUCAAAACGAUAUGAUAUAUCAUCAAAAAUUAUAUCUUGAUAUGUCCUGAUUUUUCCCCCAUCACUACUCAUUACCACGUGUGCAUAAGCCGUGCACAAGACGGGGAGGGUGUGCACGAUAGGGCUGGGCAGUAAACUAUAUUUGACUCUAAACCUGUAUUGAUGCACAGACUGGUUUGGAUUUUUACUUUACCUUACAUAACGGUAAUGUUUGGUUUGUUAAAUAUAAUGAAAUAACUGAGUGAUGCCAGUAAGAGACCGCUAUCAAUUGAUAACUGCUCAUUUGUUAGCAAGAACUUCGGUUGCUCACAUGUACUUUUUUGCCAUUAAUAGUGCCUGUGAGGCAGGGCGGGUGCCAAAAGCACCCUAGAAAUUGGCACAAUGCCCCUUGUGGUGAACGUAAGAACUGCCAUUGAAUCCAUUGAAAAUAUAUGGUCAGUAACCAUGUUUCCAACCACAGUUUUUAUGCGAGCAAAGUCAUACCGUAUAAAACAAAAUCACAACAGCUGUGAUGGAAACAGGAAAUUUCGGUACAAUUUUAUAAAUGGCGACAAGAUCAUUUGUUUGUUCGUCAUGGUGGGAUCUUUGUGUCUGUAAAAUUAAUUAUACGAGAAAUGGCGGUGAAAACGCCUUUAUUGCACAAAUAUUGAUAUAAUAACCAUCAUAUCAAAGUAAACUUGGAGUCACGCAAUGAUAUGGUGUGUGGUCCUCCCACUACCAUGCAGUUUAUUAGGCUACAGAUGAAAUAAGUUUUGACGACCUUCACAGGGUGGUGAAAGUGCAUGGUGAUCUUGAUGCUCCUUUCCAAUAAAUAUGAAGGGUCUUAUUCUGGUGACAUGAUGAUCGAUGCUUGACUGCUGUUUGACAAAUAAAAAUAUUAUUGCUCUUACCCAUAAUAAUCCCAUCAUGUAGACUAGCCUAACCGCAUGUGCCAAGAACAGAGUAGGCACAUUUGCUAUUUAACUCAACAGUUUUUGUGACAAAACUAUUGGUAGAGUUGAAAAUUGAACGUAAAAAAAAAAAGAUCUAAAAUGUUGUGCACAAAUUUGUUUACAUCCCUGUUAGUGAGCAUUUCUCCUUUGCCAAUAUAAUAAAUCCACCUGACAGGUGUGGCAUAUCAAGAAGCUGAUUAAACAGCAUGAUCAUUACACAGGUGCGCCUUGUGCUGGGGACAAUAAAAGGCCACUCUAAAAUGUGCAGUUUUGUCACACAACACAAUGCCACAGAUGUCUCAAGUUUUGAGGGAGCAUGCAAUUGGCAUGCUGACUGCAGGAAUGUCCAUCAGAGCUGUUGCCAGAUAAUUUAAUGUUAAUUUCUCUACCAUAAGCAGCCUCCAAUGUCGUUUUAGAGAAUUUGGCAGUACUUCCAACCGGCCUCACAACCGCGAACCAUGUGUAACCACACCAGCCCAGGACCUUCACAUCCGGCUUCUUAACCUGCAAGGUCGUCUGACACCAGCCAACUGGACAGCUGAUGAAACUGUGAAGUAUUUCUGUCUGUAAUAAAGCACUUUUGUGGGGAAAAACUCAUUCUACGCCCCUGCCCAGUCAUGUGAAAUCCAUAGAUUAGGGCCUAAUGAAUUUAUUUCAAUUGACUGAUUUCCUUAUAUGAACUGUAACUCAGUAAAAUCGUUGAAAUUGUUGCAUGUUGCGUUUAUAUUUUUAUAUUUAAUCAAUUCCUUGGAGGAGUGGACUGGAGAUUGAACCGUAAAUCAUUGUAAAGCGUGUGCGGCGCUCAGAGCCUGCUUGGCUACCUGUUCGCUCUCUGUCGCUAUUACGUGAGUAAAUCCCAGUAAAAAUGUGUCCAAUAGCCUCAAAAACAACAUUCGGAGGUUCAGAGCGACUCAGACAACAUUCAUCUUUAUGUAUGAUGAGUCUCCCUCAGGGGGAAGUCAACAAAUAAAUACCUUCUUCCUUCCUUUCAAGUGUUUCUGUGUGAUACUGUAUAAAGGCCUGCUGUAGUAUAUGUCGGUCGUACUACCUGUUUGUUGUGUCGUCUUCAGGACUGGACGGAUCCGUAGUCUGUUUUCAACUUGUUCCUCUCAGGUUUUGGUAACCUAGUGUAUUUCAGGCCACUUCCAUAGUAUUUGAGGGGUUCAUGGAACUUGUUAAGUUUAAAAGAACUGAAUGUUUGUGUUAACUGUAAGUUUCUUUGGAUAAAAGCAUUUGCCAACCGACUAUUUAUUAUUACAAAAGAGGAGAGGAAGACCAUUUCUCUCUUUCUCUCUCUCUCGUUCUCUCUCUCGCUCCUUCCCCCCUCCCUCCCCUUGUUUCCUCUUCCCCUGCUCUGUCAGAGCUGCUUUACCCCUGUCCCUCUCUACCUAUGAUUGGCAAAGAAAAACAUGUUUUACGGGACACCGUCCACCCGUAGAGGGGCUUGACAGGACUGCUUGUCUGGCACCCAGGGUUUGGACUAUUUGGACCAAUCCACUCCCUAGGAGGUUGUCAGUUUCUCCGCUUUAAUCUUUUUCUUUACGAGAAAUACUCAAAAUACUCAUAGUGGCUAAUUGAUGGCUUUGCGUCCCAUUGAGCCAACGGUGUUAAAACAUACAGGUGCCACUCGCCGUGAACGAUGCGUUCACUUUUUUGGGGUGGUGCCGAUUCUUCUGCCCCGCAACUGAAGGACUGCAUGUGAAAUUGUUUCCAUAAUAGUUUGAACUAGUUCUGAGAGACUCCUGCAUUGAGUGUGGUUUAAAAAGCUGGCUAUCGUUUCUGUUCCCCUAAUGUUUUCCACUACUUCCCUCUCUCUGUGUACUGUUUAUUUUCUCCUCUGCCAAUGUUGCUUGUCCCUCCUCCCCCCCCUUCAUCUGUCAGGCAAGCGAGUUCCUCUUUGAUCCAAACACACCUCUCAGAUUAACAGGCUGCCUAACCCGGCGUUGAGAGCACAAACAAAAACAUUGUGUGGAUGGUCCUGUCUCAAUAAAAAAUGCACCACCUCUUGCCCUGGCCAAUCGCUGAGACAGCUCAACAUGGGAAAUCUGAAUAGGCCUGAAAGAAAGGCACACUCUCACGUCCAGCAACGGAAACCAGAGUCUUUGAAAAUCAACAUAAUAGUCAAUGCGUUUUCUUUGAGAGCUUUGUCAUCCUGUCACUGAGCGGGGAUAGUUCCAGCGAGAUACCUAACAAGGGGUUUGUGUAUGUGUGCAUGUGUGAGUGAGAGUUUGUGUCUGUGUGUACGUGCAUGCCCUCUUGUGUGUCCGCGUCUGAGUUUGUGUUUACCUGCAUGUGUGUGUUUGUAUGUCUCUGUGUCUCUGUCCCUGGGAAGGCGGGCAGUGGGAGAGAGCAGCUUGAGUUACCCGGUAGCCCUAACUGUCAGCCCAGGGGGCCGGGCCGCCCCGGCAGGCACUGUCUGCUGCCCCUGUGGGCAACUUGGAGACCCACUGAGAACCACCGCUCCGACAGCCACAAUAGGAUCCAGUUUCCUGGCCCCCACCGGCCGAUACAGGCACAGAUAACUUUGUCUCCCUGCUUGUAUCUUUUAUCUCACAUCUGGGAGCCUUGCCUGGGAGCAGUGCGGUAACAACACUGCCUCCAUUGUCCCUGGCCUUGUCAUGACAAGGCUCCUGUUUCGGGCCAGUCCGUGAAACACCGAGAGCCCCCACCGUCCGGGGUGCGAAUCAUCGCCGGGGGCGACCGCGAUGGCAUGACAUGAUAGUAUGGCAGGACAGGGCUGGGAGGGGCGAAGCAGAGGAGAACAGGGCCUCAUGGGUAAUGCAGCAUAGGCGAAUGGGGAUAGGUGUCAGGUUAGGGGUGGAGAGUAGGCCUGAUGAUAGGAAGUCUUAUCCACUGUGUGAACUUUGGUGAUCGGACCAGUUGGCAUGUCACACUGUGGUGUGUACAAAUGUAAUCUGGAUGCCAGGUAACUAAGCUUUGCCCGUAUACCCCACUCAUGGGUACCACCAUACCCACAUGUCAACACACACCUGGCUGCGAUCAUGGUGCCUGGGAGAUUAGAUAUAAGAUAGAGAUACAGUGGGGGAAAAAAGUAUUUAGUCAGCCACCGAUUGUGCAAGUUCUCCCACUUAAAAAGAUGAGAGAGGCCUGUAAUUUUCAUCAUAGGUACACGUCAACAAUGACAGACAAAUUGAGAAAAAAAAAUCCAGAAAAUCACAUUGUAGGAUUUUUAAUGAAUUUAUUUGCAAAUUAUGGUGGAAAAUAAGUAUUUGGUCACCUACAAACAAGCAAGAUUUCUGGCUCUCACAUACCUGUAACUUCUUCUUUAAGAGGCUCCUCUGUCCUCCACUCGUUACCUGUAUUAAUGGCACCUGUUUGAACUUGUUAUCAGUAUAAAAGACACCUGUCCACAACCUCAAACAGUCACACUCCAAACUCCACUAUGGCCAAGACCAAAGAGCUGUCAAAGGACACCAGAAACAAAAUUGUAGACCUGCACCAGGCUGGGAAGACUGAAUCUGCAAUAGGUAAGCAGCUUGGUUUGAAGAAAUCAACUGUGGGAGCAAUUAUUAGGAAAUGGAAGACAUACAAGACCACAGAUAAUCUCCCUCGAUCUGGGGCUCCACGCAAGAUCUCACCCCGUGGGGUCAAAAUGAUCACAAGAACGUUGAGCAAAAAUCCCAGAACCACACGGGGGGACCUAGUGAAUGACCUGCAGAGAGCUGGGACCAAAGUUACAAAGCCUACCAUCAGUAACACACUACGCCGCCAGGGACUCAAAUCCUGCAGUGCAGACGUGUCCCCCUGCUUAAGCCAGUACAUGUCCAGGCCCGUCUGAAGUUUGCUAGAGUGCAUUUGGAUGAUCCAGAAGAGGAUUGGGAGAAUGUCAUAUGGUCAGAUGAAACCAAAAUAUAACCUUUUGGUAAAAACUCAACUCGUCGUGUUUGGAGGACAAAGAAUGCUGAGUUGCAUCCAAAGAACACCAUACCUACUGUGAAGCAUGGGGGUGGAAACAUCAUGCUUUGGGGCUGUUUUUCUGCAAAGGGACCAGGACGACUGAUCCGUGUAAAGGAAAGAAUGAAUGGGGCCAUGUAUCGUGAGAUUUUGAGUGAAAACCUCCUUCCAUCAGCAAGGGCAUUGAAGAUGAAACGUGGCUGGGUCUUUCAGCAUGACAAUGAUCCCAAACACACCGCCCGGGCAACGAAGGAGUGGCUUCGUAAGAAGCAUUUCAAGGUCCUGGAGUGGCCUAGCCAGUCUACAGAUCUCAACCCCAUAGAAAAUAUUUGGAGGGAGUUGAAAGUCCGUGUUGCCCAGCGACAGCCCCAAAACAUCACUGCUGUAGAGGAGAUCUGCAUGGAGGAAUGGGCCAAAAUACCAGCAACAGUGUGUGAAAUCCUUGUGAAGACUUACAGAAAACUUUUGACCUGUGUCAUUGCCAACAAAGGGUAUAUAACAAAGUAUUGAGAAACUUUUGUUAUUGACCAAAUAAUUAUUUUCCACCAUAAUUUGCAAAUAAAUUCAUUAAAAAUCCUACAAUGUGAUUUUCUGGAUUUUUUUCUUCUCAUUUUGUCUGUCAUAGUUGACGUGUACCUAUGAUGAAAAUUACAGGCCUCUCUCAUCUUUUUAAGUGGGAGAACUUGCACAAUUGGUGGCUGACUAAAUACUUUUUUCCCCCACUGUAAUAUGCUAGAAAUUCUAAUAUCAGUACUUAUUACUAUUCAAUACAAGUACAGUGUAGAGUAUCUCAAAUGAUAGCAUUCUUUGUCUCUCAUGCACUGAAUGUCCAUAUUAGUAGUAUUAUACCCAAUACUAACAGAGCAAAACGCCUAAGCAUCCACAUAUUUAACAUCAAUCAAGUAUUGAUGCCGCUCCAAUAGAUAUCAAUGGCAAUUCAUCAAAAUGCAAUGAUCUUAGGUGGAGAGUGGGGGGAUAAAAUCUCUGCUCAUGUAUGGACCUGCGUGGCAAAUUGACAAAUGACACAGACACAUCCCCACUUAGAGGAAAUAUAUUUAAUCAAUUUCUUGUCGGAGUCGACUGGAGAUUGAACCGUAAAUCAUUGUAAAGCGAGGGAGGCGCUCAGAGCCUGCUUGACUACCUGUUUGAUCUCUGUCGCUACCAGUUUGCUCUCUAUUUCAGACAACAUCUAUCUUUAUGUAUGAUGAGUCUCCCUCACGGGGAAGUCGACAAAUACCUUCUUCCUUCCUUUCAGGUGUUUUCAUGUGUUUAUGUGUGAUAUAUAUGGCUGCUGGAGGUAUAUGUCGGUCGUACUAGGUGUUUGUUGUGAUGAUGUAUCGUCUUCAGGACUGGACAGAUAUGCGUUCCAUUUUCAACUUGUUCCUCUCAGGUCUUGGCAUUCAAUGUCUCCCUGGUGUGUUUGAGAGACAUUAUUCAAAUAUAAAUUAAGAUGGCCUUUAUUCAAGAAUGCAUGUAAAACAGGCCUGUAACAGACCUCAAGUAUCGGUGCAUAGAAAGGUUAGUGAUAUGUAUGUUUUGAAAUGUAAAGAAAUCCCCAUAUAAAAUAGAACGAAAUUCGUCAAUAUUGUCAGUUGCUAUGAGGAAACAAACUUGUGAUGUCAUUGCUUUGUUGGAACUGAGGCUUGUAAAGAAAUCGUGAGGGUAGUGCCUCUGCUAAUGGACCCGCUGCCCUUACGAGUAGGGGUUAUAAAGUUUUGACUAAUGAUGUGAUAGCAUGGCAACAUUGAACCCGGAGAGGCAGCUUUGCAAGUUGAGUAGGGAGUCCAGGGAGGAGAGUGAGCUUCUGGGCUGUUAGCGUCACCCAAUCCCUCACCACAGGACUGUGCUAGUUCACUAACUCUAUUAGCCUGCACUUUGCUAAUGGUGUUAAAAAAAGACAGAGGGCAGGACGAGGAGAGGGUGGGUCAUGAUACACUUAACUUCAGAGUGGAUGGCAUCAUUAUCAUUUUCAUUUAGCUUUGAUGCUUCUUCUGUUCUCCCCCCCCCCUCAGCCCCUCCCUCCCUACCCCUUUGCCCGUAUGGCACAAAGAGCCCGCAGAAACAAGAUAGGGAUACAUAGUAAAACAGACCUUGUUUGUUUCUCAUUCUCUUCUUUUUACAGGAUGUAGCGCUGUGCGUGCGUGCUGAUUCGCGCGCGUACAAGUGGGUGUACACAGUAAUUAUGGUCCUCUCUAGUUUUCUCCUUCUGAGUUUGUUUUUAUGUUUUCUCCUAAGCCAGGUGUGCCCCGCCCCGCAAUGUGUUAGUCAGCAUGAUGUCCCCGUCUGACGGCAAGACUACAUUGGCGUCCUGCAGAUCUCACUAGCGACAAACCCCCUAGAGGACAGGAAGCCUAGCAUGGAGGCCGUAUUUACAGUGGGGGAAAAAAGUAUUUAGUCAGCCACCAAUUGUGCAAGUUCUCCCACUUAAAAAGAUGAGAGAGGCCUGUAAUUUUCAUCAUAGGUACACGUCAACUAUGACAGACAAAAUGAGAAAAAAAAAUCCAGAAAAUCACAUUGUAGGAUUUUUAAUGAAUUUAUUUGCAAAUUAUGGUGGAAAAUAAGUAUUUGGUCAAUAACAAAAGUUUCUCAAUACUUUGUUAUAUACCCUCUGUUGGCAAUGACACAGGUCAAACGUUUUCUGUAAGUCUUCACAAGGUUUUCAUACACUGUUGCUGGUAUUUUGGCCCAUUCCUCCAUGCAGAUCUCCUCUAGAGCAGUGAUGUUUUGGGGCUGUCGCUGGGCAACACAGACUUUCAACUCCCUCCAAAGAUUUUCUAUGGGGUUGAGAUCUGGAGACUGGCUAGGCCACUCCAGGACCUUGAAAUGCUUCUUACGAAGCCACUCCUUCGUUGCCAGGGCGGUGUGUUUGGGAUCAUUGUCAUGCUGAAAGACCCAGCCACGUUUCAUCUUCAAUGCCCUUGCUGAUAGAAAGAGGUUUUCACUCAAAAUCUCACGAUACAUGGCCCCAUUCAUUCUUUCCUUUACACGGAUCAGUCGUCCUGGUCCCUUUGCAGAAAAACAGCCCCAAAGCAUGAUAUUUCCACCCCCAUGCUUCACAGUAGGUAUGGUGUUCUUUGGAUGCAACUCAGCAUUAUUUGUCCUCCAAACACGACGAGUUGAGUUUUUACCAAAAAGUUAUAUUUUGGUUUCAUCUGACCAUAUGACAUUCUCCCAAUCCUCUUCUGGAUCAUCCAAAUGCACUCUAGCAAACUUCAGACGGGCCUGGACAUGUACUGGCUUAAGCAGCGGGACACGUCUGGCACUGCAGGAUUUGAGUCCCUGGCGGCGUAGUGUGUUACUGAUGGUAGGCUUUGUUACUUUGGUCCCAGCUCUCUGCAGGUCAUUCACUAGGUCCCCCCGUGUGGUUCUGGGAUUUUUGCUCACCGUUCUUGUGAUCAUUUUGACCCCACGGGGUGAGAUCUUGCGUGGAGCCCCAGAUCGAGGGAGAUUAUCAGUGGUCUUGUAUGUCUUCCAUUUCCUAAUAAUUGCUCCCACAGUUGAUUUCUUCAAACCAAGCUGCUUACCUAUUGCAGAUUCAGUCUUCCCAGCCUGGUGCAGGUCUACAAUGUUGUUUCUGGUGUCCUUUGACAGCUCUUUGGUCUUGGCCAUAGUGGAGUUUGGAGUGUGACUGUUUGAGGUUGUGGACAGGUGUCUUUUAUACUGAUAACAAGUUCAAACAGGUGCCAUUAAUACAGGUAACGAGUGGAGGACAGAGGAGCCUCUUAAAGAAGAAGUUACAGGUCUGUGAGAGCCAGAAAUCUUGCUUGUUUGUAGGUGACCAAAUACUUAUUUUCCACCAUAAUUUGCAAAUAAAUUCAUUAAAAAUCCUACAAUGUGAUUUUCUGGAUUUUUUUUCUCAAUUUGUCUGUCAUAGUUGACGUGUACCUAUGAUGAAAAUUACAGGCUUCUCUCAUCUUUUUAAGUGGGAGAACUUGCACAAUUGGUGGCUGACUAAAUACUUUUUUCCCCCACUGUACCUUCUCCUCUCCCUCUAUGAUAGUCAACUUAAUAUGUUAAACUGCCACGAAAUCCCCCACUUUGUCAAACAUGAAAGUGAGCACAUGCACAUGGUGGAGUAAGUGGGGUUAAUUUGGUUUUGAACCCUCCAUUUGUUUUUUGUUCUCCAUCCUAAAGUCAUACGUGAGAAUUUUUUCAGAGCACAGAUUUUGUUUAGUUUUUUGGGCUAGAAUUAUGAUUAAUCAAGACUAUUCCGUCAGUCAAAUUGUGACAGACUCCAAUGAACCAACCGUUUUUGGUCAAAACUCAGAACCGAUAGCCAGAACUAAUUAUAUUGAUUGCGGUGUAGGGGCCUCCUACUCUGAGCUAAAUUUAAUUUGUAUGCCCUUUUUAGUACAUUCCAAAAUAGUUGUUGACGUUGACAAAUUAUAUUAGCGGAUGUCUUGGAGAUAUGUCAAUAGAAACAUCUUGACGUGAAGUCCGUCAAGUACGCUAGCUAGUAUGCAAACGCGGCCCUAUCCAAGGAUGAAUUAUGUCAAAAAUCAUCGCUGUCUUUCUUUUUUUUACUAGUUUAAAGCCUCAUAAAUCAUAACAAUGUUGAAUGCAGCGGAGUCCUUCCCUGGAACUCGCACCAACUGUGAUACUUCAUCUUGACUUAAGCCUUUGACAGGUACCUGAUGUCUUGCCCUAAACAGAUAACUCAAUGUUAGCUUGAUUACUUGGCAUUUUUUCUUUGCCUUAUUAAUCUGUACAUCUGUAUUGAAGAUGUAUACGAAGCACUGUACUUGGUUCACGUACAAUAGAAUUUGCUCAGUCAAAAAAGUAAGGCAGUGUUCUGUACAGUUUUGCAUUGUGUGUGCUCAUGCUGUAGCUACAGUCGAUAUUCUUGUCAUGGUUUUGACACCUUAAAAUUAUAAAUAGUUGAUUUGCCAAUUAACAUGAUUAGUAGAUCAGACAAUAUUGCAGUCAUCAACUCUUUACUUCUGAUUCGUUGGUACAGUGACAGAGGUCCAGUUACUCCUGAGCUUUUUAACUCCUGAGGUCAAGGGUUAUAGAGACCCCAGUCCCUAAACUCACCGACUCAGGAUUAUCCAAUAACUCUGGCGGCUUGUAAAAGGUCCCACUACCUUAUCCCUGUUGCCAUCUUAAAUAGAUAACAAAUUGGGAUCCAUAAAUCGUGUAACCACAAAGAAAGGAGCAAACAUAGGAACAGGUGCUAUUCAGAAGAACCCAACAGCCAUACUGUACAUAUGCAGGUAGUAAAUGCUGUGCUUAGGCCCGCAGUAAAUGCCAGAUUUGACGGUGCAAACAUAAGGUAUAGUAGCGUAAUACACCUCUGAAGAUAGCUUUUUGGGGGGCUUUUAGAAGUUAUUUUGCAAUGCCUGACAAGAAGUUCCAGACUGAAUCUGUGGAUAUGUUUCUUCUGUAUAUUCAAUCAAUAAAAGUAUAAGGAGUCAUGCUUUGGAACUAGAUUUUCUAUGCUUUGAAUGAAUUUCACAGGUAUAUCUACAUUCAAAAUAUUUAUGUUGUGGUCUAAGGUAAUUCCGUCCCUGCAGCUUCCGUCUGGUCUUACUGGUGGAGUAAUACAAAAACACAGGAACACACACACUCUUCACAAGCUGUGUUCUAAAAAAUUUACUAUUCCGCGAUUGCACGCAUUACAAGCCAUUCCGCCGUUACAAACUCUGUUAUAAACACGAACCUCACCCAUUAAAACCACUAGAGCCAUUGUCUCUGCUAAGCAGAGGUAAACUCAUUGACCACUGCAGCAGUGGGGUGAGUUAUUUUUCUAACAGGCCACAACAGAAGAACCGGUGGACAGAGCGAGUGUCCGUGGUGAAUUAGCGGGAGUGUAAUUUAUCAUGCCUCUGCCAAUACCCAUCCUCUUUGAUCUGCGCCCCAUCUGCGAGGGAUGCGCCUGGCGUUUGGGAAGAGCACUCACUUUCUCUUCCAAUUAUUCCCAAGCGGAGGGGGUAUUGAUGGAACUCUGUGGGCUAAAGAACAGUGGACCCCCACAGUCUUGAAAGGCAUGGAUUGCAUUUGCCAUUUAAAUGCUACUUAGCCUUAAAUCACCUGUGUUUGGCCCGAGGUGAUGUACAGGCGAGGGGGAUGCUGCAGUGGGUGGGUGUGUGUGUGCUCAAGCAUCCCCAAUUAGUCUUCAACCCCCCCCCCAUCCCCACCACUUUUCCCCUCCCUCAUGUGCAGACCACUCUGGGGUUUUCGAUUGCACAAACUGUCACAGAUGUGCUCUAGUUUUUUUGUCUUCAGUGUUGUUGUUGUUGCUGCCUCUGCUGUUGCUGUGUGCGGGAUGCCGGGAUGGAGGGAUGUAGGGGGGGUUUGGGGAAAAGAUAAAUAGUUUCCCAUCAGAUGAAGUGUAAUUAUUCCUCCCUUGUCUGGAGGAGUGUGAAAUAAAAAAAGGGGGAGCCUAGUUUCUCUCAGCAGAUGCCAGCAGGUAUGCAGAAGGAGUGUCUUCACCGUCUCAUUUAGUAGCUAAGACUCAUUGCUUUCACAAUUAUCACUGCGGUCGAGGUGGGAGCUCGCUGUGCGAGCAGCACAGGGGAGAGAGGGAAGAGAAAUUGAAGGAGGACGAGUACAAAGAAAACUCCCUUGGUGGCAAUGUGUAUUUUUUAUAUCAAUUUUUUGAAUCAAGAAAAUUAGGUGUUUUUUGCAUUCUUCCACUUCAGAGCAGUAAAGCCUUCACUUGAAGUUGAUGCUCGUAAUGCAGGUUGGAGAAUGCUAUAAAUGGUGUCAUUACGUGUGUCAUAACAUGUCAUGAUGACUAAAACAACUUUUGCGUAAAGAAACUGUUGUAACACUGUAAUGAGGAACAUAGCUGAAAACGGUAACGCGAGUCAAUGGCGUUAGCUAUGUUGUCGUGAGCUGUCAUAGCUGUCAUCACAUGAUUUGAUUGGUGUAAUUUCGUGGUAACUUUAGGGAUGCGUCCCACUUACCUAAAGUGGCUUCGGGUAAUCUUCUGCUCCAUGUGCCUUAUUGAUUACUUUAUGUUAGCGCUGGUGCUUCAACUGGGCCGGUGCUUGAGUUGGGCAGGUGAGCAAAUUGUCUACUGCUUGAGUCCCGCAUCUCUCAUAGAUGAUUAGUUCUAAAAUAUGAUGAGUACUGGGACUUAAAGAGAAUGGCACCCACCCCUGCACCUACAGUAUUUCAGUCCUCUUCAAGCACUGGGUAGCAUUACUAAAGCUCUUUGACCAUUAUGGCUUAGGUAAUGUUAGCCUAGCCAGUAUUUUUGGGGCCUCUCAAUUGUCUGUAAAUUGGAGUCACAACCUAUUGUCCAUCAUCAUAGAUUCCUCAGGUGCCUCAUUGUUAAUUCCCUAUCAUUUGAUUGUUACUGUUAUUCACACUUUUACAGUAUUGCAGCUCUGCACUGGUUCUCUGCUGAAACGAGGUGACACAGUGUGAGUUGCCGCUCGUUUAGAACAGACAAAGACAUGGAAAUGCAAUUAGCUUACAAGGCAGAGAGAGAGAGGCUAUGAGAAUAGCACUCCCUCCUCUCCCUCAUCUCCUCUCCCUCCUCUCCCAGUCCUUAUGCAGCAGAGCAUCAUGGGUAAAAAAGAGCACCAUUUUAAGAGAGGGCGGAUUCAAACACUGUCUCAUGGUUAAUUCAAGCCAUGCAGAAGGUAGAGCAUGGUGCUGAUAAUUAUAGCCCACACACAGAAGUACACACACACACACAUAUGCAAGCGUACACACGCACACACACCUCCCUGCUUGUCCAACCACAAUCUAACAUCACAAAGACAGAGAGAAAUAGAGGUAGAGGUACUUUAAACAGAGACCUCAAUCUCUUUCAUCUCCCAAUGCACACACACAUCGUGUCCCCCUGAGGCGUCCUCACCUCCCCCAAAAUCUUCCCCCUCUUGUAUGUUUGUUUUUGUUUUGCCGCGGCACUUUUCCUCGGCAUUGGCCGAACAUCAACUGGAGGUUAAGUUUGCGUAAACGCCUCGAUAGGAAAAUUGCUGCACACCGAGUUGAAAUAACAGCAGAAAUUACAUAGAGAUGCAGGGGGAAGACGGAGGGAGAGGGAGAGUAGAGAGAGGAGGGCUGUCUGUGAGUCUGCCUGACACAAAGAACAAUAAACACGUUCCACAUGGCGAGAGGUGGGCUCCAGAUGCAGGCCGGACCGGAGAACUAAAAUGCGGAAAUGGCUUCCAGACAGGCUCAGUGAGAGCACAAAGGGCCAUUCUCAACCACCGCCUAGCGCAGCUCACGCUCCUGUCCUGUCUCUCUCCCUACCCCCUCCUCUCUUCCACCUCCACCACCCCCCACCCUCACCAACCGUCCAGCUCAUUCAAUUGUGAAUACAGGGAGACUUCAGUUACAUGACUUGUCCCGCGGAAACUCGCCACCGAAAUCGCUUGCGUUGGACUCGCACCAGAAAACAAGUGAGGAUACUAUAGAGCUAGAUCCUAGAUUGGAAGUUGCUGUGGCCUGGCCAGCUAGUCCUUAGACCAAGACUCCAAUGUAAUCAGAUGACGUGAAGUGUUUGUAGUAUUUAUUAUGGAUCCCCAUUAGCUGUUGCCAAGGCAGCAGCUACUCUUCCUGGGGUCCAGUUAUGUGUCAAGUUAUUAAGUCCAUUUGUUUGUAUUAAGUCAACUUGCCCAGGUCAUCAUUAAUUGCAGAGUAAAUUCCUCAGUUUGCUUUGGCUCUGUGUCAACAAUGAAGUGGCGGCCGGCGAAGGUUACAAAAAUUCACGUAAUUUCCACGUCUAGGAUACCAGUCCUGGCAACCCCCAGACUACGUAUCCCGAUAGCCAAAAUCUACACAAUGUAAACUAACAGGGUCUGGGUUUUUCUGUUGAUCCUUGAAUUCCAGGACAAAUGCUACAAACGAAUCAACGCUAGGGCUCAAUUCAUUAGCAAACGUCAGGCUUAAGAUUCCAGAUAUAUUGGUGCAGGCAUUAAAAAGGCAUGAAAUGUGGCUGUAUGGCGGUAGUGUCCCCCCUACACACACACACCACCACCACCCCCUGUUCCAAGCUGAACCUGACUCUGAUUUAAUUGGCCCGGCCAGUGGUUUGUCCUGUAAAGUGUGUUCUGCAGACAAACAAGCAGCUGGAGUUUUCUGUCGGAGGGUCGAGCAGGUGGCACGGAGAGCACAUUUUAUUUUUUUUGCCACGUGGGUGAACUGGCCUGCAGAGAAAGAGAGAAAUAGAGAGAGAGGGAAAGGAAUGCUGGAAGGGGAAAGGUCUGUUCUGUACUGUACUUUCUCUCUCUUUUUCUCUCUCAUCAUCUCCACUCCCUUCACCUUAUUGGUCCAGUUGACCAGGAAGGUCUGAUAUGAUUGGUCACAUCUUCCAUGGGUGAUGCUGCUGUAAGCUUUAAAUAAUUUGGUCACAAAGUUGUCUUAACAUGUUCAGCUUUAAAGUCAGCAGCUUACAGUAUCUUCUGAGAUGGUUUGAAGUUCACAAUUGCCAUUUUUUAUGUAGUCUGUGUCUUUAAUCCCUUUUUAAGCAUGAACCAUAAUCGUUAAACAAUGAAAGUAUGGCACCCCAAUUUCCAUACCAGUGAACGUUUAUUUGUAACUACAUUUGAUUGAACUGUCCCUUUAGGACGCAUUGUAUAAUUCCUAAUAGUACAGACUACAGCAUCCUCUUUUGCACCCCCUGAAGACUUAAGAACUAAGAAUAGCGUUCUAAAUUACCCAUUCUGUCCCAUCAGAUGUGCUUGGUUGGUUUUGACGUCUUCCCUUUGCAGAUGGCUUCUUCCUGCAUGCAGGGCUUCAAAAGCAGACAACGUUAUGGACAGACAUUUAGCCCAUGAAGUCAUAAAGUGGGGCCGACUUAAACCACAUUGCCGGGGCUUUGUCAAGCCUGACAAGACAGUAAAUCAGAGAAGAAGUGGUCUUAAAAAAAAAAACACGUAAGAAACCUCGGCCGGUUUCAAAGUUUGGCCCAUCUAAAUCAUCCAGCUAUAAACACUUUAUAAUGCACUUUUAAACAUUGGGCCUGAUUAAUUAAGCUCCUACAGGGGGGUUGUUGGUGGUCAGACAGAUUGUGAAGACUGUGAAACUCUCUGGGAGCUUUCAAAGUCCAGUAACUUUCAAAGUCCCCUUCGUAGUUUGAAAGCUAAAUUGAUCAAUCACCACCAUGUGUUUCUGGUCUCCGAGGAAUGGGCCGGGCGGUUUACAAAAUGUCCGCCAUGCAUGUGGCUUGCUUGCCCACGUUGGAUUUGAGGGUAGUGAGAAUGUGGCAAGAAUGCUUUUGGUGGGUGGAAGGGUAGCAGAGAAGAGGCUGGGCCAGGCGCUAGUGCGUGUUUAGAGGCUGUCAUAGCCAACCAUCAGGGUGGAACCUGUCUCCCCCCCUGACAGGAGUUAACUGUAGCCAGGAUGAUAUUUAAUUUGCUGCUGGUAAUGUCUGGAAGGGGGAGGGUGGGGGUGGCUUCAAAAGACCCAUGUAGGUGACAGUUGGAGAGGGGCGGGCCAAGACUGGCGUGAGUGAUUGAUUGCAAGACCACAAAUAGCUUGCAUGCAUUAGCUCUCCCUUACAGCCACACAAAAACACACACACACACACACAUAAUACACCCCUGGCUGCCUUGUUAUUGAUAUUUGGAUCUGUCAUGAUGUUCUUCCACUCCUCCCACCUGACUGCCUAACGAGGUCAUUUCCGACAACGUGUCACGGAGCUCAAUCAAAGACUGAGCGUUGCAGCAUCGCUCCAUCAAACCCAUCCUCGAUUUGCCUCCACUGGCCCUUAAUGACUGGCAAUGCUGCUGGAACGACGGGAAAUUAGGGAGAGGAAGAGAAGGAAGAAGGCAGGGGUAUUGAUUUAUCGAGACAUAAUGCACUAUUUGAAUCCUGAAAGGGUGAUGGCGAUGGCUGCAUGCACUCAGGGAAAAAAGAAAGAAAAUAUGCAGAGUCGAUAGGCGGUAUCCAUUUAAGGCCCCCUAAUACAUGUUUUAUGGAAGAGAAUUACAUCUAAUAGACCACAGGUUUACAUCAGCAGCAUGGCCUUUGGAGGAUUAUUACAUUCCCUGCGUAGUUACCGCGUAGUUACCCGGCCGCUGCCGCCACCUGAUUGGCCAAGGGGAGUAAUACAGAAGUGCAACCCAUGCAUUUUUCAAUAUCCCCCUAAAAAAAGUUAUGUAGUGAAAUUAAGGGGGAAGGAAGAGGAGUAGUAGGGGGAGCGCCCCACCCUGUUCCCCUGUUUCCUCGAUCAGGCCUAAGGCCGCUCACACACACACACACACACACACACACACACACACACACACACACACACACUAACAUAAGCUCUGGCAGUCCAUAAUAAAAGAUGGACCCUGUCAAGACUGGAUGAAGGCUUAUGUCUGUCAAUGCUCUCCGCUAGAAGAUUAUCUCAGAUGUGAGGGCUGCACCGACUUAAUUCUUAUUUAGAUUCCCUAUUUCUCCGUGGCAGAAGAGGGGUAGAGAAGGGGGGGGGGGGGAGUAGGAGAGGGAAAGAUGGGUGAAUAGAGGAGCCAAGAAGUUAGGAAAUGAGAAGAGGAGAGGCUGUUGUGGAGAAGCGGGAGGGUGACGUGUGUUCACAAAAUUUAUUCGGGGGUGUUGGUAUGAUGACCAGAGAAUAAAGUGGCAUGCAGGAAAGAGAGGGCAGACAAGCUCACACAGAGAGAAGGGAAGGGGGUUGAUCUCUGGUUUGGUGCGAUAAGCGAUGGGAGCAGGGGGGCAGCAGAGGGCGGGGGCAGGGGGGGGGGGGGGGGGGUAGUGUAGGGGGGACUGGAGAAGAUCCUCACACAGCAGCUGGAUGUGGACCUGGGCCCCCCUGACACGUAUUCCAACCCCCCCCCCCCCCAGAUUAGCUGUCAUCUGAUGCCAGGUCUGCCUGAACCCCCCCCCCCCCCCAAUUCCUCCUUUUCCCCCUUCAUGACCUUGCACCCCCAUUCUGGCCCCCUCUGCCCCCUCACUUUUCUACUCUGAGCCAAUGAGCUACAGUCGAUCUGGCGGGCUUCCACCAACAUGGCUGGUGUUUGUGUGAGGGUUUAUCGCAACAAGACGCAAAAUGGCCUCCCCACCAGAGCCCUGUGAAGGAUUACGGGCCUCUUUGAGGAUCUCACUCAUGGUGUGACUGAUAAGGACAGUCGAGGGAGAAGUGACGCGCCGUCCAAAGGGGACUGUUUGGGGGUGACUUAUUCGAGGGUCAGUCUGUGAAUUUGGGGUCAGUGUGUCAAACCUCUCAUAUUGGCUUCAGAGUAUGUGUGGCUAAUUACGAAACACACUGGGGGGGAACACGACUUGUCACUUAAGCUGCAAAACGGCCAGGGAAAAUCCAAGUGAAGUGUGGAUAUUUGGAAUGGAAUUGAGCCAGACUGUGGCAUGGAGAAAGUGGAGCUGGAACCACACAAUCAUCUUCUGGGCCGUGAUGUGAGCCCUUGCGUUUCAGCUGGCCCCGUGCGAGGGAGUUAAUAGCUAUGGUGGGGAUGGCGGUAUAGCCCCCUGGAAACUCGCACACGGCGCCACUCUCUGGAAUUUCGCUAUUAGAGGGCCAGAUCUGUGCCACUGUGCAGUUGCUCAAUUUGUAUCGAAAUUGCUUGCCCAGAGCGGCAAACUAAUUUAGCCAGAGCUGGGCGAGAGACAGGGCCCUGUGAAAGAGCUUAAUGAAGCCGCUCUUACUCUGUAAACCCCUGUCAAUCUCCAGACCCUCUUCUUCUCCUGCUCCCGUUCUCCACCUCUUCCUCGUCCUCCUCACCUAGCUCCUUCAUCCAUAUAGAAUAGUAGCAUUAUGUUUAGUUAUCUUCAGUGGGUGCUUUCUGUAUCAGUUGGACGCAAACGAUGGACGCUGCUGUUCAUUGUGGAGAUGUUUUGGGUUCCAAGUCUGUUGUAGAUCCAAGUCUGUUUUGAGUUGCUUAGGAUAAAUGUGUCUGCGAAAUGCCAUUCAAUUUCCCAUCUGUCGUCAUACUUUCUCGUCAGACACACCAUACUUGUCCUGUCUCAUCCGCAGGUUUCUCCAUGGGGAGUACACCGUGGAGGUGGCCAUCAACGACUACCUGGACAUCUACUGCCCCCACUAUGAGGACCCGCUCCCCCAGGAGCGCAUGGAGCGUUACAUCCUCUUCAUGGUCAACUACGACGGCUACACCACCUGCGACCACCGCAUGAAGGGCUUCAAGCGCUGGGAGUGCAACCGGCCACAGAGCCCCAAUGGACCGCUCAAGUUCUCCGAGAAGUUCCAGCUCUUCACCCCCUUCUCGCUAGGCUUCGAGUUCCGGCCGGGUCACGAGUAUUACUAUAUCUGUAAGUGGAAAAGUUGUCACAUGGACAAUGUCACACACACAUACACACACACACACACACACACACACACACUGCUGCCUUACAGAUACAUGUUAUGUCUCCAAUUUUGAGGUUUCAGGUAGAUCUCCCAUUUGCCCCCCAAAAAAACUAACACACCUUCUUUGGCUGAUCAAGGGCUUGAUGAUCAGUUGAUUAGGAGAGUCUGGUGUGUUAGUGCUUGACUGGAAAAAAUAAUUGCACCCCUGUGUACUGGUCCUUAGUACCAGGAUUAUGAAGAACCUUGCUUCUUAGCCGAUGGGUCACAUGGCCUAGUAACACAGAUCUAAUUGGCUAUUAGCUAUUGGCUGCAUUCAAGUCAGGACCAGUCAGGUUACUGGUGAAGGAGUAACUUUAGCCAAUUGAAAUCUUAAUCAGACCCCAUAUUGUGACACCCUUUUAUUCACCCCCACACUGGUUAUGUCCCCAAGUAAGGUAAAGAAAUAAAAUAUGCAAGUAGAAAUUACUUUGGACCCCCACUGACUACACAAAACAGACACAGUUGGGACCCAUCAAGAAUAUUCAGCGCUGUCAACCCAUCGCUCUUCAGUUGAUGGAUAUCAGGGAAUGUCAGUUGGAUUGUAUAUGUUCGUUUUAGGGUCGUUUGAAGGAUGAUUUUCUCCCAUUUGGUGGGAAGCGGGGGAGGAAGCCAUAAAAGCGGUAGGGGUUUAAUUAAUAGGCUUUGCUUUGUGGUGUCAUUAUGCUGCCAUGCAUGGCUUCCUACUAGUGCCAGGGCUAGGAACCAACCAAGAACGGGCUGUUCACACCACAGUGGAGAGCCAGAGCAGAUCACAGCCCGUAUAAACAGAGGACAAGUGGCUGAUGACUAUUCUGCAUCAAAACCCAGAUGUCCUUGUAUUUACUAGAUAAUUGUUAACCAGUAUUUAUUUGAAGAAAUUCAAUAUAAAUGUGAACCAGUUGGUUCCAAUUUAUGGUUCCUUGCGCUAAUUGAUUGAAUGAAAACGAAAGAUAGUUAUAAGGCAACAGCAAUGUCAUUAUGCUGUUACAAUGUAAAUUCCUAGUAAAUCACAGACCGUGAACUAAAGCCAUAGAGUGUAACUAAACAGGCGUGCUAUUACCAAUCACAACAUUCAGCGGCCAAACCAGAGGGGAGCCUGGACAAAUCGUUUAUCUCCGGCUUCCGGUUGACUUGUCCGUCCGUGGGUUUUUUGCCUGACCUGCCGUCCUUUUGUGUGGCACCCUGGCGCAUCCCAUCUCCUUCCACCCCUUGAUGAAAAUGUCAAUUUGUCAAAUGGCAAGCGAGCUAUUAGCUGGGUGCUUAGCUUCACAGGGUGAGAUCAGUGCAAAACCAGUUACCGGCGCCCUCAUGCGGAACGCUUCAAAUUAUGCUGAUUGGUCAAAUAAUAUUUAGCAGAGGGAACUUGAUGGGGGUAAUUGUGUCCUUCUGGCUCCGGACCGUGGUCAUUACAAUUUUUUGGACGUGAGGCACUGAAAGCCAUUAGCGGUGCGGUGGGUUGAACGCGGCCAGGGUGGCGUGCUCUCCAGACAGGCCUGACACCUCGCCUACCGGACGCUCCACGCCCACUUCACUUUCAAGGUCGCGGUACGCACGGCGCUUCCCAUUUCCUUCCGUCGGAGGCGAUUUUUCCCUCUCCGUCGCCCAUUCCCGGUGCGGUGGGUCCAUGAGCAUGACAGGACAGGCGUGGGUUUGCCAGGGUGCAUCUGUCCCUGUUUUGCUAAUGGCCCUGUGAAAGGUGUCCUUUGGCCUGAUGAAAAGCCCCCCUGCUGGGCCCAGGUAGGGAAAAGGCUCAAAGCGGAAUGCCGGAUGCAUUAAUGAGGCAAUUUCUGUUCCUUUUUUGUUUUUUUCUCCCCUCCCCUAUGUCUGACCCCCUCUCUCUCCUUCUAGUUCACCUUUUCCCUUGUAUUUUUCCAAAAAAUGAAAAACUUUAGAACAUUUGAAAAUAGAGUGAAAGUUCAGGGGUGGGUGUAACAUGAGGCCUUUUUAUGUUAUAUUAAUAAAGUUCAUUAACUGGGUUGGUCUGAUUCUCUCUGUGUGUGCCCUUGUGUUGCUAGGGGGAGGCCACUUAGCCCACAGGAGAAAAGGUGUCACGACUCCGCCCUGUGAUGCUAAAUCCUGUGGCGGACCGAACCACUAAAAAGACAGACACACGACAGACAACACUUCUAAGAUUGAUUUGGCACACAGCACAUGACUCAUGUAUGAUGUGAAGGGAGAUGAGGAGAGAUCAGGAUCAUUUUAAAGCACAGUGCUACUCAGCAGCUCAUGAUUUCUAGCUGUUCACUGCCAUCUGUUGUUAGUAAUGCCCAACUUAAUCACACAGACGAGAAAUUACACGUUGUAAGACUAUCAUUAUUUUAAUUUGCUGCUAUGAUAUGAUACACCCAAACUGUACAAUAUGGAAUUGUAUAUUUUUUACUUUAUAUAUUUCCAAUAUUUCCGAUAUUUAAAAAAUAAUGUUUUUACAAAGCUUUUUAUGACUUGGCUAUGACAUUUCUAAGGAGUGGGAGUGUGUGUACUGUACUGUAGCCUUCCAGACUAUAAAUCCAUAACCACAGGGACCAGUUGUGACAGUAUUUAGACAGCACCCCUGUGUGACAAGAUCAGGGCAGGGGACCCCAUAUAGGGCGGCUCUGUACCCCAACCCAGCCCCCCUGGCCCAUCACUCACUGCAAUGUGUAUGGAUGCCGCCCCUCCAACAUAUGGUAUAUAUUUCAAUGCUUAUUAUCCUCUGGGUGAUGGAAAGGUAUUUAGGCUGAGGGGGAAAGAGUGGAAGGGGGGCUGGGGGGUGCUGCAAUGUCUAAACGUCCCCCCUCCUAACCAGUGGGGCGUCCCUCGACUUAUUAUACUCGGCGGGAUGUUGUCACUCCUGGAAAGGAGGAGUGGAGGAGAGACAGAGGACUGGCAACAAAAAGAAAAGCCAGUUCAAAGUUAGCGUUCAGUGUCUGGCGAUUCUUCCCCGUCCUGAGCUGUUCUUAAUGCACUCCGCCCCGUAGCUCCUAGCCGGGCCCUGCAUUGUGUGGCCCUUUGUCCCCAACAGCAGCCGAGGCUGGGAAGCAGUUUGCCCCGCCAUUCAGCACAUUUUUUUCUCCUCUCCCUUAGAAAAUGAUUUGGCUACUACCAAUAUUGUAGCUGUCAUGGCCCCUGGAGUGUUAGGGCAAAGGGGGAUGCUUGAGAAGUUGGGUGUGGGGUGUUACCGGGGUGAAAGGGGGUUUAGCUUGGUUAUCUGUGAACAAAGGGCCACGUCCAUCACCCCCAAUGUGACCUACCUACCCCCAACUCCCAGGCCUGAUGGGUUAGUGGUGGCACAGAGCCCUAUCAGGCAGUAGUUUUGGAGACUUCUAUGCCUCCUCAUCUCCAUACACACACACACACACACACACAGUUGUGACUGCUCAGUCACUGCCACCACCAAUAACCCCCUCUCCCCCCAAACACCCCAUGUACACUUGUGUGCAAAUACCAAAUACACACACUCAAAUGCAAACCUAAAAAAAAACACACGCACAAACACACCCUGUACCCCAACUAGAAACACACACAGACACAAAUUCAAAUAUAAGUUGUGGUUAGAGAGAGGAAUAAGUGGUGUAUGCACUAUGUGUGUGUUUUGUGGAUGUGUGCUAUGUCAGUGUGUUGUUUGUGUGUUCUUUUUGUGUGUCUUUAGUUGGCUUCAUGUCAUUCUGUCUAGACUAUAAUCUAUGUGUUCGCAUUCCGGGCAUUUACCCCACCAAAUACGGAGCCAUUUUAAAAGACCAAUUACAAAAAUGGUGUUGCAAGAGAGUGGCCAUUUUGGUGCCUGAUAUUUGUUUUUAAUGGCAAAAAAUCAGUGUUCUUUUUUUGGAUUCCGAGAGACAAAAUUAAACAUAAUUUGCCACGGUGAAGUUAGGAAAGUACUGCUUUCAAUUUUGGUCACAAAAGACUACACUUUUGACUGAAAAAAGCAUUUUCAAGGUUAAUUAAGAAUGCAGCACUACGCCCAAAGUCUCUUUCUGGUUCUCUCGCUGGUUCUUUCAAGUGAUGCUAUUAGCAUAUCAGAGGUUGCAUGGAGUUGUUGUUUUUCCUCACUGAGCCAUAUGGUGUGUGAGUACACUGAGACACUUGGACCGUGGAGUUCUGGAGUUUUGUUCUUAGCACUCCCAUUCACAGUAACAGCCUGCUAAGCGAUUAGCGAUCCACGCUAACAUCUCUGCACACGCAGCACCUGGUCACUGAGGCAUUCCAAGUUCCAACUCUGGUGGCUAUGUCAGAGGGACAGGGUCACACAAGAAGACGGGUCGAAAACUCCUUAGGUGUGACAAACUUGACUUCUGGCCCCCAAAUUCUUCUACCAAGAUGGCCACCGUUUUUCUCAGGCCAUCAUCCACAAUUCCACCCUGGCCCUCAACUGGUUGCUUUUAAAAAACGUGUGGAUACAUUUUUUACAGGGAGACUGAAAGUUGACUGAAAUGAGUGCCUGAUGGAUCACCUCUGUGAAAUCUUGGUCCAAUGAGGGUGGGACAUUUCGGUUAUAACCCUCUAAUGGAACAUACUUACCGUCUUUCCCAGGCAGCAUAAUUUGAGCUAUUUUCUCUGAGAUCUGACAAGAAUAAUGCUGCCGAAUGUGUUAUUCAUUAACAAACAUAUGCUUGUGUGUGUUUAUUUUCUCUCUCUCUCUCUCUCUCUCUCUCUCUCUCUCUCUCUCUCUCUCUCUCUCUCUCUCGUUCCAGCGUCUCCACACCCUAACCUUGUCGGGAAACCCUGCUUGAAGUUGAAAGUCUAUGUCAGGCCCACAAGUGAGUAUUUUCUCCUCUAUCCAGUCUUCAGGGAAUGUCAUGUGAAAUUGCUUACACUCCAUUUUGGUUACACUAGCCUUUGUUCAUAAUAAAAACCUCUUUCUCUUUCUAACUUUGCCAAUAACUUUGCCAUGUUAAGAAUGGGUCUAGUCAGCAAAAGAGACAGUAACGCAAAAGAGACAGUAACAUAUUAUAUGAGGUUGUAGAGCUCUCCAUCACAACCAUUUUGCAUUAAAUUGUUCUUUAUGCUUCCACAUGUAUUCAUGUCUACAAAUAAAUAGAAAUGUGUUAACUUAUCACACAGAUGGUUCAAAGUUUUACCAAACAGGCAAGGCAAUUUUUUGUUCCGUUUUCAUACAACACUCUCCAAGCUCUUGGUGAGCACUCAACUAUGAAAUGUGCACCAGUUCAAUCAGCCAAUCAGGGGGAAAAUAAUAGAUCCUGUGUCGCGACUUCCGCUUUUAGAUGUGCAUCUCGCUGUUUACAAUCCCUGGUGACGCUAGUUAAUAUCUGGCUAGCAGCUAGCUACGGCACAUUUGCUAGCUUGCUUUCUGAAGUUGUUUCCAUCCGGAAUAUUAACGAGGCGACACUCCAUCUUGGUUGAACAGUGCAGAAGAGAACCUCCCCUGACAGUUUAAAAAACAAAACAGAAUGUGGGGUAUUUAGAUUUAGGUUUUUCUUUUACACCUGCUACUUUAGGUUAUGAAAUGUGUAAACUCUCAUGCUAGUCUUUCCCAGCAAAGUCCCACAGAUCUCUCAUUCUGAACCCAUAUUAACCCAGGGAAGGUAGACAAACCACAGGAGCACCUGUAGGUCAGAACCUAAUGUAGCAGGCGUAAAAGAAACACCAGAGUGGGACGCCCCACAUUCUGGUCCUGACAAGAGAAAACAACUUUUGGGGGAGGUUCUCUUCUGCACUCUUCAACCAGUCCAGUAAAUGUGGAGGAGUUAAGAUGAUGUCGCCUUGUUAACGUUCAAAAGAGGAAGUCGCGUAACAGGCUUUCUUCAAUUUCCCUUGAAAACUGGGUAAAUCUGGUUGUUUCCAAACCCGCUGAGGAUGGUCAGAGCCUAACAUGCAAAGCCCUCUGCUUCUUGAUUGAUGAGGGUAAACCUUCGUUUCAUCUCUGUCUUUGCUCAGCACACUAUCAUCCAGAACCCUGUUCAGAACUGCUUAGGAUCCCAGUUAAGCCACUAGGACUCGGAAAUGAAACACCCACACACACCCACAAACCACACACACACACACAGAUACACACACUGCAGUCAGAGGUACAUGCUGCUUCCCUCUGGGCACAGUCUGGUGGAAAUAAUUCAUCUGACAAGGGCAAGAUAACAAUCCAAUCGUUGACCUCCGACUAGUCAUCAUUCACCAAAGCUUGAUGCUGUGGCGUCCCACAGGGAUCUCAGCAGCAACAGGCACCAGAGCAGGUAUUGGCCAUAAAAAUGGGGUUUCAAGUUGACUUAACCUCAGACCAGCUUUGGUGACGUUCUCCAACUUGAUGUAGUAGAGCUCCUUAGGUUGCACUGUAGCGUUAUACACAUAAAAUGUGGUUAUGUUACAAAACCAUACGGGUCACUAAGGAAGAAUUAUGAAGCACCCACAAGGUACUGUAUAUUUAGUUCUCAUGUACUGUUGUAGACUGAUGCCUUUCCAUAAGCAUUGUUGUAGAUAUUUGAAUGGAGAGGUUUCUUUCCAACUGUUUGUUUAUCUAGUUGCUUUUAAAUGCAGUUGAGACAUGGCCAGUUAGAAUCCAAAGAAAGAGUGGUCCACUUGCAGAUGUACGUUCUGUUCCAACUCAUAGAAGGCAUUCAUUCGUUUCAAGCUAUUUGUACAAAGCCUAUGGAGAAAAGAAAGGUAUUAAACUCCCUUCACAGCUCAGACUACUGUGUCAAUAUUUGGAACGGUGUUAUUUGCAGUAAUAUCCCUGAGCUCUAGUUUGGUGAUUUUCACUUGGAGUUUAACCUGACUGGUCGUGCCAUUCCAUUAUCUCUGUAUAAUUGUGAAUAAACAUGUUAGAGAUGAUCAAUUUCACAAGGCAGUUAAAACAAUUAUAUGUAAAUUGAAAGUCAUACAGUUUGUCUAUUACGGAACGUUUCAAUUCUCAGUUUCGUUUGGUGCUAUGGCAUAUUAGCAUGAUAACAUUUUUGCCUAGUUUCUCCUCCCUAUGCAGUACAGUAUAAUUGCAUCAUUAAGAUAUAUUGUUUGAACAUGGAAUUAAAUUAUAUAUGGUAAGUAAAAGUCAUAGUUAAUAUUAAUGCUAUAGGCACAAUCCAAAUACCUCAACAUUUAUUAUAGUACACUUUUCAAAAACGACAAAGAAUACUGUAGUGUAUAACCAACCAGUGGCUGAUGAUUGAUUUUUAUUUUGCUUUGUUUUUACCGGCGUGUUUCACAGUCAAAUGAACUGAUUUAUAUCUCUUAGUAGACUGUUCAAUCACCCGUCAUGGCACAACCAUUAGACAUCAACAAAUGUCCACGUAACCCUUGACAGUGAGCAAUCCCACAAGUCCCAUUUACAGUAUAUUCUCCAGGGGCGUAACCAGAAAUUCAUUGGUGGGUGGGCCUGCAGAAAUUUGGAUGGGCCAACGAUUGGGUGGGCCUGGCAGGGCCUGGCUCCCGAGUGGGAGACCUGUGUCCACCCAGGCCCAACCAUGCCCCUGAUCGACACUAACAGUAUCCCUAAAGCCAUUUGAUGCUAUGACUGAGGAUUGCUCACGCAAGCUCCGGCUCUUUCUUAAAACAAAAGCUUGUCUGCACAAAUAAUAUGCACCACUCUCGCUAUUUGAAUAGCUGGAGGAGAAAAGCAUUUAUUGGAUUCUGUGGUUAAGUCAGGAUUUAUGGGUGGAUUUCGGUGUGGAUUAGCUUGGAAGUUGGGAAUUGCAUUUCCAUAGGCCAGAACGGAUCCUGUGUGGAUUGGAGAUUGUGAAAUAUAUAUGUGCAUAUUUACAAUUGCAGCAUGGCGGAAAAUGCGGGGACCUAUCUGUUUAAGACCUUUAUUAUCCAAAACAACCUGGCCUAGCCUCACGCCAGCCUCUGCCCAAACCAUUACCAUAAUUCCUCUCCCUAAGUCUGGUGUGUGGCUGUUUAUUUUCCAUCUGCUCUGAGAGGGUAAAAUCCCUAAUCUUGUUUGGGAGACGGGGGUUAACCUUGGUUUUUCCCAGAACCCCCCCUUUUUAAUGUCUUUUGGCGGAAUGGAAACAGCCUACUCUUUAAUAUUUAGUCAGGAAUUCCAAAAUCAGAAAGCUAUUAAUGUAAUGUUAAAUAGACCUGCUCAAGGGAGCUGUAAGGAGAGAGAGUUGAGGUGUUGUAGCUUGCGUUUAAUAUGCCUGUAUGUAGUACAUUUUAAGACACCAUCAGCCUCACGCCUCAACUCUCCUUGAGUCAACCCUCCAUUGUCAAGCCUCAACCUCAGAUGUCCUAAAAUGUGCACCAUACGCCAGAGCAGUGUUUAGGCCCCACGCACUGUUUGAUUGGCUGUGUCUCCGUCGGUGUGACUCGUGUCUUCAAGACGAGUCUCCCAACGGAGACCUGUCAACAAUAUGUAGCGCUUCUCACUCUGCUCCUGCAUGUCAACUGUGGAGAUGACAGUCAAAGUGAGAGUUGUAAACAACAUUACACUUGUAUAUAUGACUAUUGACAGAGCAUAUCUGGGUCACAGGGAAGAAAAUAACUAAAAGGCGUCAAUGUAUGCUUUUCCCAGCAAUUUAACACAGCCCAGAUACAGCCAGAUUGAAACUGCACAAGGAUUUGACUGUAUUAGCAUGGAACCUGUUUGAAGCAUAACCACUCUUUCUCUCUCCAUAUAUCUCUCUCACUCUCUCGCCCCCUCUUUUUCUCUUUCUCUAUCAGAUGACUCAGUGUAUGAGUCCCCGGAGCCCUUCCUGACAGACGACAGCACCGGUGGCUGUUACAUGGCCGCUCCGUGCCUCUCCCUUAUGCUGGCCAUGCUGCUCACGCUACUCCUGUCCUGCUCAUAGCAUCCUGGGCCCGCCGGCCGUACCCCCCUUAACGAGCCCCCCACCAGAAUCCCUCCACCCCCAGCCCCAACCGACUUCCCCUCAAAUCUACCGCCUCUGCCCCCCUAUAAGGGAGAAAGUGACACGCCUCCACCCCACCCCAUCCCCCGUCCUCUCCUUCUCCCAUACCAGUCCAUUCUCCUCCACCCUCCACCCCGAACCCCUUGACAGGCACCUCCUGGACACUGUAAACUCAUACUGCCCCUCCCUCCCUCCCUCCCUCCCCCACCCACCCAGAACCCUCCUCCCUCCAACUCCUCAGCGGAACCCCUGUUUCAUGACCACUGGCCUCUGACCCUCAGCACACAGCUCAAGUCCAGGGGGCGAUUAAGGGGAGUAGUCCUAGGGACCAGGAAGGAGUCCCUUAAAGACCUUACAAAAACAGCCUCCCAGCUGCCGAUGAGCGCUGGGAUGUGCAGGAAGUGGAGGGGGUGGGUUUGAAACAAACUAAGUGGAGGACGAACUCCUCUCCCACACGUCUUGAUUGCCGAUGGUCGACAGUGACCGUUGUCAUCGACAGCGACGUCUUCUCCACUUAAGGACCCUCCCAUGUCCAUCUUCGGACUGUUUGCGUUUCUCUAUGAGUCUUUGUGCUUUGAUAAUGCUCAAUAGUGUCCCACCUGUACAUGUUCAUUCUGUUACAGUGUAUUAUAUCGUAGUAUCUUUCUUUGUCACGUUGACUCCUGCAGUGAUAGAUCAUAGCUGAACCUUCUUUACAUUUACAUUUCAUUUAGCAGACGCUCUUAUACUUCUCUCUUUCUUUCUCUCUAUCUCUCUUCCUCUCUUCUUGUGUGUCUCUGACCAGUCUCUAACAUCCUGGCAAUUUCUAGCAGUAGCAAUCCAGAGUAGAUGAGGACCUUUUCUGUAAAUCUGCCAAAGACACUUGCUGAAGUUUUAUACCAGGGGAACAGGGGGGUAGGACGGCGGCGUUGUGGCUCUCCAACGAGGUUGUAAACAGCCAUAGAGCUCUGUGUAGACCCUCCGGAUCAUGCCAUGGGGGUCCUAUCACAGACAGGAGGUUGAAGUUUGUCAGGAGUCUUGUCCUGGUGGCAGAACUGAGCAAUUUCCCCUUAGAUAGGCUAGCUGCAAAGUCAAAAUUGGCUAUAUUGUAAAAAUUCAUGAAAACUAAAAUGCAAUUUAAAGUUAGGGUUAGGGAUUACAGUUAGCAGUGUGGUUAAGGUUAGGGUUAGGUUUAAAAUCAGAUUUUAUGACUUUGUGGCUGUGCCAGCUAGUGACCACUGCAGAGCUGCCUCCAGAACAAGAUUCAUGCUGAAAAAUGCUAACCUGCUUACGGACAGGGCAGUGUAGAUUUUUAAAAAAGAGGAUCUUUUUGUCAUACAAAAAAAAAAGAAUGUUACUUAAGAAAACAAACAAAUGAACCGUUUCAAAAAUUGCCUUUUUUUCCACUGGUGCUGAAUUCAAAACGAGUCUCCGUCUCAAGCUGCGGUGCUGAGUAGAAUGGGGACAUCCUGUGGUGGUGAAGUGUUUUGUGAAUUUCAGGUUUAGCUUUUCAUUUCCCCAUCCCUCCCUUCUCUCAUUCUCCCACAUUUUCUUCUCUAGCAUUCUCUCUACCCCCCCAUCUCUCUGUCUCUCUCAUGCGCUGAAUGUGAGUUUUCACCACGUGACGUUUUUGCAGUGUAACACAUGCCCAUUGCUAAGUCAGGUCCCCUUGUCUGAGUCCCAGUACUAUGGCUGUGGGGCCGCUGGAACAUUGUGGAGAUUGAGGGAAUGGACAAUGUGAACUCCUCAUGCACUGUGCAACCUAAGGGACCCGGGCCUCCAUGUACACUUAAAGGGGACAGCAAUGGGUAGAUGGAUGGCCCCAAAAAACUCCAGUAGGAGUUUGGAAUCUCAGUAGCACUUUCGCUCACAAAAUGGACUCUUCUGUUUCAGGGGGACCGAAGUGUAUGAGAAUCAUGUUGUGGCUUUGUGAGGGAACGCUCCUCUCUACGAUCAUGAUGCUACACAGAGAGCUGGCCUACAACAUCCGAAGGAACUCAGAAAUAAACAACAUUUUAAAAAAGUUAGCUAAAUACAACUUUUAUAUUUUACUUUAUUCCAUGUUAUUUUUUACUUUACUUUUCAAAAAAGCAGAAAUUAUUCAUAUGUGAUAUGAAAUUAUAAUGUAGACCCUUGAAUUACUAGAUCGAUGAUGGGACAGUCUCCGCAGUCAAACAAGUGUAGAGAAGUCAGCCGUUCGCUAUUGUUGUUGUUGUUUUCCUGCUUGUAUCACAAGGCAUUCUGGUACUUGUAGUCCUGUAAUAAUUAUUUUUAAAGGUGAAGAACAUGGUGUGGUUAUCAGAUCAAUUCCUUUUUAGUUGGUUUUAAUGUGGAUGAAACCUGUUUUGAUUUCAUAUGAAAUGUUCUUGUUUUGACAUAGGAAAGCUAUGGGGGUAAAAGGAAAAAACACAAAUAAAGCUUUUGUCUAUAGUGGAAAUAGCUCUGGUUUACAGUGUGACAUGUCUGUACUGUAGAAUACAGAGUGAAUACAUCAUCAAAGUAUUCAUAACUGCUGUUUCAAUCAAACAUGAGCUCUCAGCCACUGUUUCGAGUGUCUUUACCUAAAGUAAAUUGCAGUCUAAUGUUGAUGAGCUGUUUUGUAGUUUAAAAGAAUGUCUGCAUAUAUUCUUUGAAAAUAUUUCUUGUUUUUUGUACAUUUUGUUAAUGGAUGCUUGUCAAAAAACAUUAAACAGUUCAUGCAUUUAAGAAAUUGAACUUGUUAGAGAGCUGGGGUGGUUUAACAUGGCCAAAUCUAAGGAUCGUCCCUCAAGAUUUUACAAAAGGUAAUCAAUAUGAUGGAUUUGCCACUUCUGACAAUUCUCUUCCCUGUGAUGCAUGAUAAUACAAACGUUUUUGCCUAGCAUAAAACCUAUUUUAAUCAAAGAACAGACUUUCAGACCUGUGCUGAUUGACUUCUAGUGAGUGUUCAGAGGGAAGAUAAUUUCAGAAAUGUAUCAAUCAGUGUUUGAUAAUUUCACAACAAAUAAAGCUUCCACUAAAAGUGGCCUCUUUGAUUUUGGCUUCAAUGCCAUGAGCUUAUCGCUCGAUUCUGUCCGUGUCGCUACAUCACCACUUCCCAAAGAGCUGCUCUGACUGGUGUGAGAUUCACUCAUCUCUCUCAAAAAAACUAGAGAGAACUUUUCUAUAUUUCAUGAAAUCAGAUGUCCUGGAGGAUUAUGCAAAGAGGGGAUUAGAGAAUGAUCAAUACUUUGCCAUGAUACAAGUUCCCUCAAAUGAUUCAAGUUCCCUCAAAUGAUAACAACUAAUAUGUGCUAUAAUAUAAGUAAAUAGUAAAUGAAAUUAGAGCAGAGACACUAUACUUAAUUAUACCUAAUACCCUAAAUAUCCAGCACUGGUCCCUCCCUCCAUGUUGAUCUGAACCAUUUCUGUUCUUUCAGAGGAGAUGGGGAGGACUGGAAUGGUGGUUGUUAGAAAAGAUGGUGGAGUCGUGUUCAGCAAAUGGGGUUUGAUAGCAGUGAAUGCUGCAGUUACCUCAUGCCGAGGCAAAAACUGGUAACCUGGGGAGACUGAUAAAGGGGAGAUGGGAUAAUUGAGGGUGCAUUGAGAUGGGUUUCUCUACCAUUUCUCUUAUUUUCUAUUUUUCCCCCACACCAUCCCCUGUUUGAGCUAUUUGCUUGCUGAAGCAUACUGUGAUUUGCACUUUCAAUACAUCGCAGGCAGUCAUAUCUGCAUUGACCAUCUCUAAUGGACCACAACAUUACCCCUUAUGCAACCAUAUCCGACCACCUGUAGUCGUUGUGAAUACGUCUCAUCUGGGGUUCUGUGAGAAUUAGAUUUUCUAUAAUGACCGUUACAUGAGGCCUAGAUUUUCUCUCUCACAAAGACACGCACGUCUAUGACUCACGCAAAUGUUUGAGUUACGAACACAAAGUUCAAGUUUGGAUUCAGCCCCAUGGGCCUGUAGCUUUCAGAUGUAACUCCUGUAAUCACAACUGUAAUCACAGUUGGAUGAUCAGCUGGUAGAGCACGGCGCUUGUAACGCCAAGGUAGUGGGUUCGAUCCCCGGGACCACCCAUACACAAAAAAAAAAAAAUAUGUAUGCACGCAUGACUGUAAGUCGCUUUGGAUAAAAGCGUCUGCUAAAUGGCAUAUUAUUAUUAUUAUUAUUAUUAUGAUAUUAACCCAGUUUUUAAGGGCUAAUGGAGCAAUCUCAAUGGCCCUCUGCUGUCUCUGGUUAUUGUAGUAAUGCUAAUGGGCUAGCACAACUGUUUCACGGGCCUCUCAUCUGUUCUCCAUUAUAAGAUUUCCUUCUCAUGUUUUCAGUCUGCGCAUCCAGCACAGGUACAUUGCUAACAUUACUAAUGUCUAUUGAUCAUUUACUAAUCUGGUUUGUUCGUGACUUCGUUAACCAUGAGAAGAAUACGAAUUGGCAAACCCUGGAGAAAGUGGUAAAGAAAAGACCAAAGAUACCCCCCUUCUUGGCCAAUUACCAGAUGAAGUAGCGUCACCACUCUUUAGCAACAGGACUCUGAAGUUCCUUGGGGAACUCUUAAUAGAAAAACACAGACUGAUUAGUUAUCCUCCUGGGCUCAUCUUCUCCCUCUUGUCCUCUAUCGAUCCUCAUCUCUGUUUUCUUUCGGUUCAAGUGUCUCUCCUACGUUCCCGUCUUCCAAACAGCGGGCCCAUGUGAGAUGCCGCCACAAAGCACUGCUUGACCUUUCCACAAUCAAACGGCCAAUAGCUGAGGGCCUAUCAAGCCCCCAGUGUGAGCUACUUCGACGGCGCUGCUUUGCCAAGAGAUUGCACCCCAGGCGUCGCUUAACAAGAUAACGCACGGCCGCUAUCAUAGCUCACUCAGAGCCAAAUCGUGACUCGCAAUCUUAAGCUGCGAAACACCACGCCCCAGAGUUCUCCUCGACGACGUGUUGUACUUAGUCAUGGUGAAUUCUGGCCAGCCAUACACGGAGCAGGAGAAAAUAACUGUAGUUUCGUUUCCUGUUGUACAGUAUAGUUUUUCCCAAUUUCUGGCCUCCAAAAUGACAUCAUAGAACUCCAACAACGUCUGUGAGUCAUUAUUAUAGAAGAGACAUGUCUGUAGUGAUCUGUAGAAAGUAUAUUGUUUCAAAUCGUAUUCAAACUCAUUUCCUGUGAUCGAGGUCACUGCACCAAUGUAACCAUCCCAUUAUUGAACAACAUUGGCUGGGUCUUCAGGUCUGAGGUAUGGUAAGGCAUCAACAUAUGUGAGCCUUCCUUAGUGAUCUACCUCACAUCUAUGACGAUAACUUCUCAUGUUUUCUCAUUCAAAGCAUAUUGUGUCUAUGUGCUAAUGGAAAACAUGACAUGGCAAUAAUGAUACUAAAAAAAGCUUCAACUGCUUCCAUCAAAUGCAAGACUGUGCGAUAUUGCAUGGUGCUUACGCAAGAUCUGUUUAAACCAUGUUUAACACUACUGUAGUAAAAGAUUGAUGACAAGCGCGUUUUCCUUUGAACUUUCCUCCCCUAGCCUUGCUAAAAACAAGCCCUGGAACACAACCCUUGCUUCACAGGCCAGUUCAUUCCCACCUUUCUUUAACUUCAGGACACGUACUCCAGCGGUAA